AUGAUUUUUGGAUCAUGGAAUAUUAGGGGCCUUAAUAGGCCCUUCAAGCAAAAGGAACUCAAGACCUUUUUGCUAAAGAAUAAAGUGUCCUUGUUGGGCUGUCUUGAGACCAAAAUUAAACAGGAUAAAGUACGAAAGGUGAGGAAGAAUUUGGGCACUGAAUGGGAGGUAUUUGCUGAUUAUUCUCAGGAACCAAAUGGCAGAAUCUGGGUACUAUGGAAUGAUCAACAGGUGCAAGUCACUAUACUACAAUCCAAUCCUCAAAUGGUGCACUGCUCAGUGAAAGAUAGAAAUUCUGAUUUUAGUUGCCAAAUGACUUUCAUAUAUGGACUCAACUUAGCUGCUGGGAGGAAGGACAUAUGGAAUCACAUCAGAAAUAUGAGCCCUAUGAUUAAUGUCCCAUGGAUUCUCUUAGGGGAUUUUAAUACAAUACUGUCAGUUCAUGAUAGAGUUAAUGGCCUUCCGGUACAACAAGGUGAGAUAACAGACUUCCAAGACUGCAUUCAAGAUGCUGGCCUGGGACAGUUAAACAGGAAGGGUUGUCAGUUCUCAUGGAGUAAUAAAAGAGAUGCAGAGGUUAGAAUAUAUAGUCUGAUAGAUUGGGCUUUUGGGAAUGAUCUUUGGUUCAUGGCUUACAGUAGUCUUGAAGCUCACUACUACAAUCCACACUGUUCUGAUCACUCUCCCAUCCUUAUCAGGACUAAGGUGGAUAGGUACCAACUACCUAAACCUUACAGGAUGCUCAAUGUCUUAUUAGUAUAUGAACCAUUAAGAAGAGCAGACUUUGAUAACUGGGGUAAGAAAAUAACAGGCCAUGCCAUGUUCAGAGUUUGGCAAAAACUUAAAGGGAUUCAACAAGAUACUAAGCAGAUGAAUAAGGCCAUGUCCUCACUGGAUGGGAAACUAGCUAAUCUUCAGGGACUUGUUGCCAGAAAUCAGGAGGAAUUAGAGAAUGACCUGUUCAAUCCCCAACUAAUUCGGGAGGAAAGGGAGUUAAUCUCACAGCUGGAGUACUGGAGUCACAUACAUGAAAGGGUGCUGAGACAAAGAUCUAAAGUUACAUGGAUUGCUCAUGGUGACUCAAACACAAAGUAUUUCCAUGCAUCUCUCAAGGCUCGACAAGCUAAAAACAGGAUUUCAUCCAUAUGCAAUGAGCAGGGAUUAUUAUUGACAGAUCCCCAACUAGUGCAGCAAGAAUUUACUCAGUUUUUUCGAGGGCUGUUGGGAACAUCUGCUGAGGAGCUACCCUGCAUCGACAUCAGGAUAGCUAGAGAUGGGCCCUGCCUGAACUAUGAUCAGCAGCAACUCCUAAUGCAGCUUGUCACUAGUCAAGAAGUGAGGGAAACACUCAAGAGCUCUUUCACGGAUAAAUCACACAGGGUAGAUGGAUUUCCGGCGAAUUUUUCAAAGAGGUACGGGACACGAUGA